GCAUCUGUGUGUGAGCGCAAGCAUGCGUGUGUUCUCUGUUUGUCGACAUGAAGUUGGUGUGUCACAAAGAAGACAAUGAGAAACUAUUUUAUUGUCCUGGUGGAAUGUGGCAGGAGUCUGACAUCGUUCGAAAUGCUUGACACCAGUGUCCAGUUCGCUUGCACCGUGACACGCCAUGCAUUAAGAGAGACAGGUAAACAAAGAGUGAGAGAGACAAAUGUGAGAGAGAAAUGUGACGUAAAUAGUACUGCUCUAUAGCCAAAGCAAAUUGAGGAUGUGUGUAAGUUUUAGAAAAAAAUAGGAAUGAAGCUUUUUACAUCUAGCUCCGUAAAUUGGGACUUUAUCAUAUAGACAAGGACAGUCAUUUGCUGUAGGAUUUACGAUGAUCGUUGUGAAACUGUCCUAUAACAAAUGUUGGAAAAAUCCUCCAACUGAGUUGAUUUGUGGAUGUAUCAGAGAUAUGCUGAACUUAAAUAAGUGUUGACCAGCAAGCUGCUUGAGAUGGAGCUGGUCCCUCUGAGUGUCCUGAGUCCUGGAGCUUCUUUCCAUCUGCAAGUGGAUCCUUUGUGGCUACAGCGUCAAGCUGUGGAGGAGCAGGUGGAGCUGUGGUGGUUCAGGGAGCCACACGUGUGCAUCCUGUGCUACUGUUUUUCUGUGGCUAUGGUUCUGGGACUGGGUUCGGCUGGCGUUGGGCUUCUCUCUACUGCCUCCUCCGCCGUUGGGCUCUCUGCGCUGUGGCGUCUGGGAGUAGGUUCAAUGCUUUGCCUCUUGGCCCUGGUGGUCCUAUUGAAGCAGCUGCUCAGCUCUGCUGUACAGGACAUGGGCUGCAUACGCAGCCGAAGACACAUAGAACAACUGCGGACUGGAGGAACUGCGGAUCCAUUGCUGUUUCUCUUUGCUGGCUUUGCACUGGUGAUUUGUGGGACUACGCUGCUCGGACUCAACCAGUCAGACAUGUUUUUUUCUGGGGUGGCCCUCCUGGUCAGUGGGGGCACUGUGCUGCUGGUUGUGAUGGUGUAUGGGGUGGUGGUUUAUGAGCAGGGAAGGAGAAACACAAGGAGGCAAAGAAGAAGACGGAGGGUGAGAGUUUAUACAGUGACGGGGUCAAGGAACAGACCAUGGAGGGAUUCAGCCUCAAGUCAGUCACAUUUGUUGUGAGUAAAAAUAGAAGAAAAUGUGAAAGAAAACAGACACAAUUACAGCAUUUAAGUAUGUGAAAACCGCAUACUACCUUUUUUAUCUAUUCAGCAUGCAGUAGUUGUCACGCUGAAGUUGUUAAAUGUGUUUUCUCUAGCAGUGUGUUUGUUUGUUGUUUUCAGAUACUGAACCUAUUGCAUUUGAAAUACGUUUCCCUUAGAAGUUUUGGGGAUUUGACCCCCAAACUAAAAUUUCCAUAGAACCAUAAAUGAAGCUCUGGCAGUUCUUAUUAGGCUAGACCAGGGGUUAUCAACUUUAUGGUGCCAAGGACGCCCAAAUAAGGCUUUGUAAAAUGCUUAUCGAUCUAUAGAUUUAUGUGUACGUAACAGUUAAACGUUGUUAGAUAAAUGGUAAAUAUGAUUUUAGAAAGAUUAUUUUUGUUGUUUCAGAAUUUAAAUAGUUGGUGACACUUUCACUUGUGCAAAAAACCGAACUAUGGUAAGAAAAACACAGAAAGAAAGUUAGAAAGAUAGCAAAUAUGAACAAUUCUAAUGCAGCAAAUAAGCAGAUAAACAUUUAGAAAUGAAACAAUAAUAAUCUUCAAAAGACUUUUUGCUGUAUCUUAUCCCUAAAAUUUUCUGGGAACACCUUGCAACCUUCUAGAGGCCCCUCCCCGGACCCCACUUUGAAAACCCCUGGGCGAGGGUAUUUAUUCCUUUGAGAUAUCUUUAUUUGACCCCAUAUAUUGAAACGAACUAAAGGUCAUUAAUUUCAUUCAAUUCAAAGCAACUAAAAAGUUUUCGUUUCCAUUUCAUAAUUUCUCAAACGUCAUCAGAUGCAGACGUGUUGUGGUGCAAACACAUAUGCCAACUUAACCUCUGCCAGAGCCUAAUGGAAAUAUCAAAUAAAGACAAUAUUAAAAUGUAAACUGUAUGUUAAUAAAGUUAGUAGGAAUAGUCUUCAAAGGAAUAAUAUCGUUGGUGUAUAAGUUCAAUAUUUUUUAAUAUAAUGCUGUUUUAAUCGAUCGAUCUUUGCUCAUAUUUUGUUUGUUUAUUAUUCGAUCUUGACUUUCGGCAUACCUGUCGAGUUCAUGCAUCACAAGUUGUCUGUUGUUACACAACUGUUUGAAUAUGGCACCAAAACGUGAAUAUAGAAGAUUAUUUUAGCAAACCGUUCAAAAAAGCGAUUAAAACAAGCAUUUUGCAUUACAAAUGCAUGCCAAUUUCUUGUUUAAAAUGUACUGCAAGAUGAAGUUUCUUUCCAAAACGCUAUAAAUCCCGAAACUGUUUUUAGCCUAAAUGCAAUAUGUCCUCUCGACCAAUCAGAAUUCACUCGUUAGUGGUAUUUUUAUGUGUUAUUUCUAAAUUAUUUAUUGUAUGUGGUGGAAAAUAUUAAACAUGAAAUUUAAAAUCUCUAUUUUAUUUUACUAUUUAGUUUGUUACUAUUUAUUUUAUUUGGCUGUUAUUUAUUUCAUGCAUUUGAAUUAAUAAUCGACAAUAUUGUUGUUUCAUUUCACAAUCAUUGUUUAACAUGUUCAGACUCAGCCAACAGACCACUUUAACAAGAUACAUUAAAAAUUAACAAAAUGUAUGGGUCUAGGUAAGAAAAUGUCAUUUUCAUGAAAACUAUUAAAAUGGAGUUAUAGCGUUUUGGAAAAAAGCUCUUCAUUUAUAACUAUACACAGUAUAUGUUAUAUAGGCUACAUGUAUAUAGCAAUAACGUUUCAAUAUAGAGUUUUUUUAAUGCUUUUGUGGUGAAAUCUUAAUGUAUGUAAAAUAAAUCAAAUUCAUCAUG